AUGUCACAUUCUCAUUCAGACUCCAGCUCGGACUCCAUGUCCAUGCCCAUGGCGAUGGUCUUCACCAACACCCACACUAGCCCUCUCUUUUCCAACUCCUGGAAGCCCUCAUCGGAAGGCGACUAUGCGGGCACUUGCAUCUUUCUCGUCCUUCUCGCGAUGAUCUUACGCCUCCUCUUCGCGGCAAAGGCUGUGUGUGAGCAGAGAUGGGCAUCGGCCGCCCGAAAACGGCGAUAUGUUAGGAUCAAGGGGCGAGAGACCGAGGCUGGCAGAAUUGAUUCGGAUCCUGACGCGAAAACGGGAUCCCUCGUCACGGCCCAAGGCAUUGAGGAAAACGUCAAGGUGGUGCAAGCAAGAACCGGCGGAGUGGUUCCUUUCCGCCUAUCGAUCGACAUCCCUCGAGCUAUCCUCACAACAAUCAUCACUGGUGUUUCAUAUCUCCUGAUGUUGGCGGUUAUGACCAUGAACGUUGGCUAUUUUCUUUCAGUGCUGGCAGGCACAUUCGUCGGCGAGUUGUUGGUGGGCAGAUAUGCCCAGAUUGACGAACAUUUGCAUUAA